GUGGUGCUUGCUUUGAUUGUUUUACUGGUUUUUUUCUUUCAUUUUCUGUGUUGAUUUGGAAUUAUAUUUUGAAGAAUAAUCUCUGUUAUAUAUUCAGACUUGUUCUUUGAUCCACAGCGUAGUGUCUGGAUGUCACUGGACCAUCUGUCAGACUGAUUCUUUCAGGACAGAUCAGUUCAGGUUGUCUGGCAGGGCUCCCAUUCACUGUGGCUCAGGCAUUGCAAAAAGCAUGUUGAUUUCGGGACUGUGGAUCUCUACUGAACAAACCAGAACUGAAAUGUGCUGGGGAGCUUUUGCUUUUGGGUGAAUGGCAUCUUUCAAACCUGGUGAUGUGAACCUGUGACGUGGUGAUGACAUCUGGGGACCUGGUCUGAAGAGCAGUCUUCCUCAUUUACCCAGAGAAAACUCUACGUGCCCCACAAGAGUACUGCCACAUCACAAGCCAACCCAAUGGCGUCCUCUACUGCUGUGCCUGUAGGAUUUCACUAUGAAACAAAAUACGUAGUUCUCAGCUACCUGGGACUUUUGUCACAAGAGAAGCCACAGGAGCAUCCUCCUCCUUCAACACAAGGGACUCAACAACAGCUUAUUGCACAACAUGCUUUGGAGAAAGAGGCUUUGGAGAAGAUUAAAAUAGAAAUCGAGGAGGAGCUGAAACAUCUUGAUGAAGAAAUCUUGGAAGCAUUUACCACUACAGGAUUUGACUGCCACACUUCCCCAGUGUUCAGUCCUGCCAACCCAGAGAGCUCAAUAGAAGACUGCCUGGCUCAUUUGGGGGAGAAAGUGUCCCAGGAAUUUAAAGAACAUCUGCACAAAGCACUGCAGAGCUUGCUUAGCAAGCCGGUGACAUAUCAAGAAUAUCGAGAGCGCACACAAGAGACAGCUGCCCAUGCCAGUGGAUGGAAUAAGGUCUUGGUACCCCUGGUUCUGCUACAGCAAUUUCUGAUGGAGUUAACCAGACGGGGCCAGGAACCACUGAGUGCGCUUGUGAACUUUGGGGUGACAUAUCUAGAAGACUAUUCAGCAGAUUAUAUCAUUCAACAAGGAGGAUGGGGGACGGUCUUUACUUUGGAAUCCGAAGAAGAAGAGUACCCUGGGCUCAUCGCGGAGGACAGCAAUGACAUCUACAUCCUGACCAGCGACAACUCGGGACAGGUGAGCCCCCCAGAGUCCCCCACGGUGACCACGUCGUGGCAGUCGGAGAGCCUGCCCGUGUCCCUGUCAGCGAGCCAGAGCUGGCACACAGAGAGCCUGCCAGUCUCCCUGGGACCCGAGUCCUGGCAGCAAGUGGCCAUGGAUCCUGAAGAAGUCAAAAGCCUGGACAGCAACGGCGGGGGUGAAGAGAGGAGCGAGAACAACUCUUCCAACUCAGAUAUCGUUCACGUGGAGAAGGAAGAGAUUCCGGAGGGGAUUGAGGAGGCAGUGGUGGCAGCCGGCGCUGCACAGACCGUGCAGGCAGUGUUUCCAGAACCCCCUGCUCCUUCACAGGAGGUAAAACCUCCAGUAGAAAUUGCUGCUGCUGAAAAAGCACAUCCCUCCGCACUGCUGCGUGCAAAACAGGAGGAAAAGGGAAAAGCGGCUGAAGAGCUUGUUGAACCUGAAACCCCCGUAUUAAGUAAACCUGUCCCAAAGUUAGCCCCAUCAGAAGAAAAGGCUGCACCAGAACCUGAGAAAAUACUGCUUCCAGGGGAAAAAAAGGUGGGGAAAGAGGGUCGGUUGGAAGAAAUGGAAGAGAAACCCUCUGCUGCAGAGGAGAAGCCUAUCCUACUGCCAGAAGGGAAAUCUAUAUUGCUGUAUGGUGGGGCUGCUGCGGUGGCCAUACUUGCUGUAGCAGUUGGAGUAGCGCUGGCGCUUAGGAAAAAGUAAGGGGGCUCUCGUGAGGAAGAGGAGGAGGAGGAGGAGGGGGGAGAGAGAAGAGAGCACGAUCCCAUUUUUGUAGUUGUGUUACCUAAAGGUUGAGCUGCCUGCUGUUUAACUGGACAUUUGAGUAACUUACUGGUGAUGGGGUGAGGUCGUUCAAUAAGCCUCCAGCUAUGGACAAUCAUGUUUUUAGUAAAUUGGGGCGGGGACUGGUUUUUCGUGAUUAAAGUACAGGGGUAUUUUUAAAAAAAACAAUAAAUUCUGCAAAUUCAAGGACUUAAGUGCAGGUGCUGAAGAAAGGGGCGCUCGUACUCUAGGAACUGGAACAGAGAAUCCCCAGGGGAAGGGAAGAGCCAGCUGCUGCCAACCCCUGGAGUUUUUGGCUUCUCAGACUGACCGCUAUCGCAGCUGUGCUGUCUUGUCGUGCCCCUGAGCCCCCUUCCCCAAACAAACAUUAACCAACCUGAGUCCUGUAGCGAGAGGCUGGUCUCCCUUUUGUCUCGGCUUCCUCUCAGGUACAGCACUGCUCCUCGUAACCUCGCAGGUUCCUCCUAAGCCCCAGUGGGACAGUGCUUAUUCUUACCUCUUCGCUCACACCGGUUUUGGCCACUCACAUUUACUGGAGCCCCAUCCUGUAAAGAUGCUGCCUCUUGAUAGCUGAGCAUCCGGGUGUUCCUGGGGGAGAGGUGCAGGACGUGCUUUGGCUGCCCAGGAGGGAUGCUGCUGUUUUCUGGUUUGAGAAUCCAUUAGCUCCCUGAGUUACCAGAGGUGCAGAAUUCAUGCUGGACACAGCGCCAUUCUGGUCAGAAUUGUGACAGCCGGGUAUGUUCAGCCAAGAUACAAGAAAACUAUGUGGAAGCAUGGCCUCUGCAAUUCAAAGGUUAAAGGCUCUGCUGUCCUGUACCAUGCUGCAGUCUGUACUGUCUUCCCCAGGGUAAGCACAGAGUGUAUUUAGUCCUAACUUGUUCUUGGCUGUGACAGAAUCCCAGGUACAUAAGGCAAUGGAUUCUGGUAUCUGAGCAAAACAGCAUGAAAUGUUAUCAUCUCCUCUGUCUGCCUGUUCCUGAGCUGACCCGAGUGGUGUUCAGUGCCAUUUCCUUUGCAACGCCGAACCUGCGAUUAACUAAACGUACAGGUUCUCAAAUGAUGAGAAGUUACUUUGGCAAAACGCAGAUCCCCCUUCCUGCAGCCACCGCACUUCAGCGCGUGUGGAGGAAACCUUUCAAGUCCUGCCAUGCGCAUUAGUUAAGCCGGGCGCACCCGCAAGCGUUCCUCUCUGCGCCUCUGUGUCUGUCCCUGUCGGUACUGCAGCUCUGUGCACCACACCUUGGGCUCUCCUGGCCGAAGCAGCAGCACAGCUCGGAGGGCUUGUGCUGGCACCGAGGCUUCAGCCAGGCGGACGUAGGCGAGGGGGAACUUGGGCUUACAGGAAGCUGACUCUUCGUAAAGCACAAAGACAAGGUACUUCAUUCUGCAUAACCUUCUCCAGACUACGUCUCCUAAUGAGCCUGUUUCUUAAGUGAGCUGAGAAUGAAGAGAUUUUAGCACGUUCUCUAUUUUGGGAUAUUAUUGCUAUAUUUUCCUAUCUCCCCCUGUAUCCCGGGAUGCUGGGAAGUCAGUAAGAACCUGGCAGAUUCUGGGGAAGUUUUUAUGUUUAAGCUUUUAUGAGAGAGUGGAUUUUUUUGGAAAACUCACUGGAUUUUGAACUGUGUGUGUAAAGUUGAAUAUUAAGAGGAGGGAUUGUUGCGUGUGUACUGCUGCUGUGGACUGAACUCAGGAGCUCUGGGGUUCUGGAUGUCACUGUUGAUGACUGAUUGCUCUUUAUACACAUACAAAUGAUAUCAGGUCAGCCUUAACAGAAAAAGAAGCCCUUUAUCAUGUUGCAAAGCAGAAUUGACUCUUUUUUGCCAUUUCCUAGUGCCCUGCUGAUAUUCCCAUUGCUGCGCUGUGUGCCCAGAACAGGUCUCUGGGACCUCCUCACACCACGGACUCUGGUGUCUGCCAUCCCAGCCCAUCAUGGGACCUUCCCUUCCAAGGAGAGGCAUCUUUAUGCUCCUUUUGUCACAGGCAGGCACAGUGUUGACAGGUUUGCUCCAUUUCACAUGUCCCAACAGUGUGUACCUACAAGUGACACAGCGUGUGAGGGCACCUGCUUGUUCCCAUGUGGCGAGGGUUGCUUCACAACCCCUACAUCAGGGUAGGCUGCCCCUCUCCUGCUGCUCUGCUCAUGGUACCGGGAGAAGGGUCAUUCUUGACCUGACCUACUCAGCCUCUCCUUAGGGAAGAUGCUGCACCUACACUUGGGACAUCCCCCGUGUGUAGCCACGCAGUGGGUUACACAGAAGUACCCACGCACAUGCUGAAGCAGAGAUGGAUUUUGUGGACACUCCAGACUGAGGUGGGGGAGCAAGGCUGGUGGUGUUUUAGGUAUUCUCUGUGCACAGUUUUCAGCAGUAAUGUGGGAGAUGGGACAGGAUAGAGGAGGCUAAAUCCACACCGGGUAGGGAAGACAUCCCUAGCUUGUGGACACAAGGAGCUCAGCGGGGUAUUAAAUGUAAAGUACCUUCUUCUACACACAGAAGUGAGAAGGUGGCAGCAGCAGUAAGGAAAAUAAAUUCCUUUGUUCUGUUACAUGUUUUCAUGGUGGUGCAAAAGCCUGGAGUACCUGGUGUGUGGCUAGAUUUAAUGGAGCAUCAGCUGCACCGCGUGUUUUGGUUGCUUGGUCCUUUCUUUAUAUUCUUCUUGGUUUAGGGUCUUGUAGAUUUGACAAGCCAGCAAGAAUUUGUGCCCUCCUCUUCCCUUCCACAGACCACACAGUUACAGAUGAUAAAGUUUCUGUCUCCUCUGGGAACACUCCACUGGCAAAAAAAGGUCAGUUAUGGACUUGAAUGCUACUGAAUUUGAAGCCCUGAGGCCAGAGCUGGGACAGGCCCUGUGGAAGUCACAAGAGCUCAGACAACAGCAUUCUUACACACGAGUGCCAGGCUGCUUGCUCUGUUAUAGGUGUGGAUUAGAAAAUGGAAGGGUUUUUCUUCUUUCCCCCCUCUCUUCAAAAGUAUACUGCAGUAAUCCUAAACUGCAGGGUCUAAUUAAUUACCCUGAGCCCUGCGAAACAACUUCUCUUUAGUGGCUCCCUUGCAGCUGAAGAGGAAAGGCAGUAGCUCUACACUUACGAAAGAGCAUAUAGAAUUACUCUCACUUGUGUUGCUUAUCCCCUUCCCAAAAGUGCCUCAAUAUCUGCCCUCGAGUGGCCUGUACCUUAACAAAAUAUCUACCUUAGACCCAUUUUUUCUUCACUUUAUCCCUGUCUGCAGCACACCCUAAAGCUGAGAUGCUUAAAACAGCAGAGGACUGGAUCUAUGAAAAAAAGUGGUAAAUACUUAAGGAACUUCAGUGCUAAAUAAGGAGCUGCCAAGGAAAAGGCUUUCAAGAGGCAGUGCAACUUAAAUUCAGUUAUUCUUAACUCUAAGCUGUGCUCAUUUGCGUGCUGCUGCUGGGAGCUGGGCAAGGGCUUUCUUCAGCAAGUGUCCCUGAACAACAGGCUGGGAGCAAAGGCUGAAGCCCAGAAUCUCCUGUUGCACAACAGCCCAAACUGCAGGCACAGAGCCACUGUCCACAGAGCCUGGGAUAGACUUCUGCUGCCUGAAUUCCCUGAAUGUCAGCAGCUCCAUGUUGCAGGGCUGUAGUUGGUGCAGCAGUGCCAAGCUGCUCAGUUACAGCAAACUAGGAGUAUUGCUGGGCACACACAAAGAGGCAGCUUGAAAAUGUCAGGUUUUGGUUCCCCUCGGGCAGGGUGGACACCAAGUAGGAGUUCUCAGGGUGGUAAUUUGGCUGCUGAAAAAUGACAGUAACUUAGAUCUGCAACACGAGCUCUGGCCCCAUGGAACAGGCCAGAGCCAAGACAGCAACACUUCUGCCGCAGCCUUCUGUCCGUUCUGCUGGGACACACCAGCCUUGACAGCAGCUCCUAGCGCAGAGCCGGUGCUGCAGCAGAUGCACUCUGCUUGGUGUUGCACCUGGGCUGGACACCAGUUUCAAGUCCAGUUGGAGAUGAAGUGCCUGUUUGUGUAGUGGUUGCAGUUGGCUGUUUCUUUCCUAACCCGCCUUCUAGACAACAGGUUACUACUACAAGACUCCAUCCUGGCUGCUUGUGAGGGCUUAGAGUUCUCAUCCUGGCUGGGGCUGGGCUCAAGGGCUGGUGAAAGCUGUUGUGGCAAGUGCUCCUGCACAGAGCAAGUUCUGCUGCCAGAAUCCCAGGUCCUUCCUUUCCACGUAGCUCUGGCUGCAGUAAGGUUAACACUUUAGACUGUAUUUUACACUAAGCCAUGCUUUCUAAUGGCCACCAAUGUAAAAUUUCAUUAGUACUGAACAAGCUGAGGUUCUGAAGUUCGGUCUUUUUUCAGUUUAAGGGUUGUAGUAAACAAAAUAAGCUGGGCUCAUAACCCUCCCCUACAUUAAUUUCAGCUCCACCAGUAUGGCAGCACUAGCAAAGCCCUAGCGAGGAGAUCUUGCUAUUCUGGCACGAAACCUAUGAGUGCUUCUCUCACUCACUGACCCAGAGCAAGCUCACGCUACAGAGCUACUUGACUCUUCUGCUGUGGGCUGGGUAGAACCCAGGUCUUCAGCAUGUCUCAUUUCAGGCAUGAAUUAUGCUGAAGGCCAAGUCACCUGUAUGUGUCUACUCUACACCAGGAGCAGACACAUACAACAGCAGUAGUGUCUACUCUGGUAGGCUACACAACAGGAGAAAGUGGUUCCCAGUGAACCAUGGAGAGGUGACACACAUUAUCUCCUGUGCCUAGUGAAGGCAGCAGCUGUGCAUGACUUUAAUUUGGCUUAGUCUGCUUAAUUUGAGCACUGGGAAAGCUAUGAGAACAGUAUUGCUUUGACUCCAUGUACAUACCUGUGCUUCAAAGUGCAAGCUCUCUAUUGCCAUUAAAAAGAAGGGGUGGUGGUGGUGGUAUAAGAUGUAAGCCACCACUCCUUGACUCUGGUGGCCCAAGCUCUUGGGCCCACACAGAGCAGGGGCUGCAGGGCUGGCUCUGGGCAGCAGCACUCAGGGUGUGUGUGUGUGUGACUGCUAAAGUGACUUCCCCUGACUGGGGUGCUCAGCUGGGGCAUGGGAAUGGCAUCAGCUUGAACAGGGUGAGCCCAGGGAACCACACCACCACAUGGCCCAGAUGCACCUCCUUAAGUUAAAUCACUUUAUCACUUUUUUCCUACUUGGAGCUGACCCUCUCUUGGUCUCUUAGGUAGGCUGACUGGCUUCCUCCAAGCAAGAGGCCUAUGGUUACGCUGGAAAAGCGAGGGAGCUACAGUUAGCUUCCAGUGGAAGCUGCUUCUGAUCUCCCUGCAGUAUCUGCAGGGGAGGGAAGGAACACUAUUGGUUUGGACAGAACAAGCUGCAGAGGAUGCAUCUUACUGCUAUACAUUUAGGGGGCCUGUCCCCAUUUUUAACUUACAGUACAAGCUUUUAUUUGAGUGUAAAGCUAAAACCCACUCAGACCAAAACUAUGCCACUUGCUUUGUUAAGUAGCAAAGACUAAUGGGACUGACACUGAAGCAUGCAUGUUAGGGGCUAUCUUCUACUAGGCUUCAGCUGGGUGUAAGCAUAGUCAUGGACUUGCAGGGAUGUCAGAUUCUGUUCUGGAGAGUCCUGUCUGGGGGAAGAGACCCUGACUGAUCCUCAAGUCACCCAUUAUCCAAGGAACUGGUCAUAUUGUUCCUCUUAAUAUGCAAGUGCAGCCCCCUUGGGGAAAACUGGCUAAAGCUUCUUGUGCCAUUUGGUUAAUAAAAGUGUUUCCACCUUUAAUAGUUCUUUCCAGCUUCAUUGCUCUACAUUCAGUUUAAGUGAAGGGGUAUGUACGUUUUCUCCCUCUGCUAAUGGGACACUGCUGUAAGACCAUGCCCCCAGGUUGCACUUUAAUAAAUGGUACAGUUUUCAAAAACCA